AAAACUGUUAAAAUUAUAAAAUACCAAUUAAAUUGUUUACUUGAUUUCCUGAAAUAGUUUUUUUUGCUCUUAAAAAUAGUUGUUAAGUGUUUCGAUAUUAAAAAAAAUUACUAUAACGGUUUUUUCGAACCGAUUAUAAGGUGACUUAGUGGAUAAUCUAAGAAGUUUCUAGUGGUAGUUUCGUUAACGUCAAUAUUUCAAAACGUCUCCAUUUAGAAUAAACAGUGUAGUGCUGACAAAAAUAAGAAAAAAAUAAAGAUAAAUAUAUAGAUACCAAAAAUGACUGGUUACAUAUAUGACGCCGAUGAGCCAGUGAAGCCAAAACCAAUUUCUGACGAUACUGUGUCCAUCAGAGAAAAAGUCACACUAUCCAAAGGAGAAAAAUGGCGAAUUCUAAAGAAUAUCAGUAUAAUAUCGUUUGCCUUUAUGGUACAAUUCACAGCUUUUCAGGGUACGGCUAAUUUACAGUCAUCGAUUAAUGCCAAAGAUGGUCUAGGAACAGUAUCCUUAAGUGCAAUUUAUGCAGCUUUAGUUGUAUCGUGUAUAUUUUUACCCACCUUGAUUAUUAGACGAUUAACAGUUAAAUGGACAUUGGUCUUCAGUAUGUUAUGCUAUGCUCCAUAUAUUGCCUUCCAGUUGUAUCCAAAGUUCUAUACUUUGGUACCAGCUGGUAUUCUAGUCGGUUUGGGUGCAGCUCCAAUGUGGGCUUCUCAAGCUACAUAUCUCACGCAAGUUGGACAAGUUUAUGCUAAAAUAACAGAACAAGCUAUUGAUGCUAUAAUUGUACGAUUCUUUGGAUUCUUCUUCUUGGCCUGGCAAACAGCUGAGCUAUGGGGAAAUUUAAUUUCUAGUUUGGUUCUCUCAAGCGGUGGACAUGGAGGCGGUGGUGGUGGUGGCGAAAGCUCUGUUUCCGAAGAAGAUCUUCAAUUCUGUGGUGCUAACUUCUGCGUACAUGGAGCCAAUGGACAUGCCAAUUUGGAACGUCCACCAGAUGAUGAAAUCUUCGAAAUCACCAUGAUUUAUAUUUCUUGUAUUAUUGCUGCUGUCGCUAUUAUUGCUAUAUUCCUUGAUCCUCUUAAACGGUAUGGUGAAAAACGUAAGGGCUCACAAUCAGCUCAAGAAAUCUCUGGAUUAGAACUUUUAUCAGCUACAUUCCGUCAAAUGAAGAAACCAAAUCAACAACUUUUGAUCCCUAUCACUGUAUUCAUUGGCAUGGAACAGGCCUUUAUUGGAGCUGAUUUCACUCAAGCCUAUGUGUCGUGUGCUUUGGGUAUUCAUCAAAUUGGAUUUGUCAUGAUUUGCUUUGGAGUUGUCAAUGCAAUUUGCUCAAUAUUAUUUGGAUCAGUGAUGAAGUAUAUUGGAAGGCAGCCAAUUCUUGCAUUGGGUGCAGUUGUUCACUUUACAAUCAUUAUUGUUAUGGUUGUUUGGAAGCCACAUCCAAGUCAGCCAAUCAUCUUCUUUGCAAUGUCUGGUCUUUGGGGUGUUGGUGAUGCCGUAUGGCAGACACAAAUCAAUGGUCUCUAUGGUCUGCUCUUCCGACGAAACAAGGAAGCUGCUUUCUCAAACUAUCGACUCUGGGAGUCUGCAGGUUUCGUUAUUGCUUAUGCUUAUGACACAACCUUGUGCACACGUGUGAAGCUAUAUAUUCUCCUGACAGUUUUGGUGUUGGGUGUUAUUGGUUAUGUUAUUGUUGAGAUCCUCUACAAGAGGAAGCAACGUAAACUUAAGAAACAAGAAGCUAAGGAUAAGGAAGCCGAAGCUGCAGCAGCCGCCGCAGCAGCAGCUAAUAAAGAUGAACCCGAAGAAACCGAUGAUGAACUUGAUGAACUCGAAGAAGAUAUUGUAGUCACUCAUUUUUAGUUUCAACGAUUUAAAUUUUAAACAAAAAAAAAACAA